CUCAGCUGUCACUGCAGAAGCAAUAUCAAAGGAAUAACUACUUCUGCUUUCCCUGAAUUUAAAUCACCAUGAACUUCAAGCAGAUCUUCGUUUUUGUGGCCCUCAUCCUGGCCAUCAGCUUGGGACAAUCGGAGGCUGGGUGGCUCAAGAAAAUUGGCAAGAAAAUUGAACGCGUGGGCCAGCACACCCGAGAUGCCACCAUCCAGGGUCUGGGCAUCGCUCAGCAGGCCGCCAAUGUGGCAGCAACUGCCCGAGGUGGACCGCGAUGAUCAACAGCUGUUCAUAUCUAUGAUUAAAAAAUCCUAUUUAUUGUAUUGUCCUAAGAAAUAAAACAUGUGAAAAAUAA